AUGAUUAUUCCCAUCAGAUGCUUUUCUUGCGGCAAGGUGACCGGCGAUCUUUGGGAGCGAUACCUGAAGCUCAUUGACGAAGGUGUUCCUGAUGGCGACGCCAUGGACUCACUAGGCCUGAAGCGAUAUUGCUGCCGUCGCAUGGUCAUGACCCACGUCGACUUAAUCGAGAAGUUGCUGAAGUACACACCCGACGGACGCAACGAAAAGAAGAUCCAGUUACAACAACGAUAA